AUGAUGGAGGCCCUCCGCAACAACAAGGAGACAUUGGCUGUAGUGGCGGUAGGAGCUGUGGUGGUUAGCUCUGCAGCCCUGCUUGGGCUGGUCCUUUCUAAGCGUAACCAACGGGCAACUCGAAGAGCAACUCUUCAGUGCCACUGUGGCAAAGUCAAGGCAGAAAUCCAUCAACCAGCCGCCAACUACAAGUACGCCGAAACUCAGAAUAUCCAAUGUGGCUGCAAUGAUUGCAUGGGUUAUUGCAAGGCUGUUCUGAAGGAGGGAUCAACAGAGGAUGCUUUUCAAGAGUCAUUCUUCAACCCAGGAGUUCCCACCAUUUUGUUCUAUUCGAGUGAGAUCAAAUUAGUCUCUGGCAAAGAGCUGUUGGCACAUAUGAAGAUUUCUCCCAAGACGGAGAAUCGCCGUGUCUUUACCACCUGUUGUGGAACACCUCUCAGUAUCAGCCCGGAUGGUUCUCCUUUGAAUUUGGUGUACUGUCCCACCAUAUCUCCCUUGACUGAUUGCGGGGAGAACGAAGUCCCAUUUCCCAGAGAAGUACUGGAUAAACCCACUCUGUGCUUUCAUGGCAGAAAAUUCCUAGAAGACCCAGCUUCGCAAGUCAAGGCCAAGCAGCCACAAAUGACAGUGAUUGCAGAACACAACGCUCCCAAGUUCGUUCUUGGAAUGAUUGGUCGGUUACUGCUACUGGUGGGACUAGGAGCCAAAGGACCCGGGGAAGGAUUUCCUGUGGAAGACGGCAAAACUGUGGGAAUUGGUUACGAGGCCAUCACCAAGUCCAUGAGAAAGUAA